UCUUAGGGAGGAGCCCUCAGAAGCUCAACCCUAUUUCCAUCUACCAGCUAGAACAGUACAGUACUUCAGCUGCUCUCCCACCCAGAUGUUAAUUCUUGUAGGGAGCUACUGUGUAGUGGAAAUCUGAAAGCAAAGAGGAGAGUUUUUGAAAAUGCAGAGGACUCUGGGGUCCCAGGAAGCCCACACAGUUCUUUCAUGUGCAAUGUGAAGGACCAAUGGACCUGCCCUUAAAUAAGCCCCCUUGCAGCUUCAUGGUGUUUUGCAUUUCUGCCUCAUUGUAAGACCAGACUCCCAACAUGAAUUACAGCUCCUGGCAUUGGAUCUUUGCAUGCCUCUGUAUUUUAACUCCAAGAAUAUGUAUCCAGGGGAAUCAGUCUAAUAUCGAGGCCAACAGGAAUGACAAACUCUCACUGCCUGGCUUUGAGAAUCUCACCGAAGGAUAUAACAAGUUUCUCAGGCCCAAUUUUGGUGGGAAACCAGUUGUAAUAGCACUGACUCUCGACAUUGCCAGUAUUUCUAGUAUUUCAGAAAGUAACAUGGACUACACUGCCACCAUCUACCUGAGGCAGCGCUGGUCAGAUCAACGGCUGGUGUUUGAUGGUAACAAGAGCUUUACUCUGGAUGCUCGUCUUGUGGAGUUUCUCUGGGUCCCUGACACCUACAUUGUGGAAUCCAAAACAUCUUUUCUACAUGAAGUCACUGUGGGGAACCGAUUGAUUCGCUUGUUCUCCAAUGGAACUGUCUUGUAUGCUCUCAGAAUUACUACCACUGUUGCAUGUAACAUGGACCUAUCUAAAUAUCCCAUGGACACGCAGACGUGCAAGUUGCAGCUGGAGAGCUGGGGUUAUGAUGGAAACGAUGUGGAGUUUAUGUGGUUGAGAGGGAAUGACUCUGUCCGGGGCCUAGAAAAUUUACGACUGGCUCAAUAUACUGUGCAGCGGUAUUUCACCUUAGUCACUAAGUCCCAACAGGAAACAGGUAAUUAUACCCGACUGGUCUUGCAGUUUGAACUUAGGAGAAAUGUCCUGUACUUUAUUUUGGAAACCUACGUUCCUUCUACUUUUUUAGUCAUCUUAUCCUGGGUUUCUUUCUGGAUCUCUCUUGAUUCAGUACCUGCAAGAACUUGCAUUGGUGUCACCACUGUACUAUCAAUGACAACACUGAUGAUUGGUUCUCGUACGUCUCUGCCUAACACUAACUGCUUUAUAAAGGCCAUUGAUGUAUACUUGGGAAUCUGCUUUAGCUUUGUUUUUGGGGCCCUGUUGGAAUAUGCAGUUGCCCAUUACAGCUCCUUACAGAAGCUGGCAGCCAAAGACAGAGGGACUUCCAAGGAAGUAGAAGAAGUCAAUAUUACUAACAUUAUCAACAGCUCCAUCUCCAGCUUCAAGAGAAAGAUCAGCUUUGCCAGUAUCGAAAUCUCCAGUGAUAAUGUCAACUAUAGUGACCUGACAAUGAAAACCAGCGACAAGUUCAAGUUUGUUUUCAGGGAUAAAAUGGGUCGGAUUGUUGAUUACUUCACAAUUCAAAACCCUAGCAAUGUAGACCAUUACUCCAAACUAUUAUUCCCUUUGAUUUUCAUGCUAGUCAAUGUAUUUUAUUGGGCAUUCUACUUGUAUUUUUGAGAAUCAAAUGCUUUGAAAUUUUCUGUCAUAAGUAGUUAGUAUUUGGCAUUUUAGUCCUAAUUACAGAAUAACUUUACAGAGCUACAAGUAGCCAAAACAUAGCAUUUUAGUAGUCAUCCUUGAAAGGUGACUCUGAUAUUUAUUCUAAUAUAUCGUAUCUCUUCUGGUGUUAUCUAAGAUCUUGUGAUGAGAACACCAACCUGUUUCCUUCUUUUUAUUUUGAAGGACAUCCUCACAGUCCCCUGAGAUGCCAUGCCAUAGUUGUCUAUGUGAUAAAUGUCAUUGGACUCUUAUAUACCACUGCUCUUUACUAAUAAUGAGAGCAAGUAGGUGGCAUGGUAGAGUACUGGACUUGUAAUCAAUAAGACCUGGGUUCAAAUCUGUGUCCUUAGGCACUUACUCCCUAUGUAACCCUGGAAAAGUCAUUUAACCUUGUUUAACAUGGUUUCCUCAUCUGUAAAAUGAGUUGGAGAAGGAAGUGGCAUAUCACUCUAUGAUCUCUGUCAAGAAAACCCUAAAUAAAGUUAUGAAGAGACAAACACAAAUGAAAUGUCUAAAGAACAACAUUUCAUAAUAAUAGCUUAUGUUUAUAUAGCACUUUUUAUGUGCCAGGCAUCGUGCUAAACAUUUUAAAAUAUUACCCCAUUUGGUCCUCACCAAAAUACUAGGAAGUAAGUACUAUUAUUAUCCCCAUUUUACAGAUGAAGAAACUGAGGUAAAAAAUGUUAAAUAAUUGUCUAGAGUCACACAGCUGACCUGAGGUCAAAUUUGAACUCAGAUCUUCCUCAUUCUAGGCUCAGCAUUCUAAACAUUGUACCACCUAGCUGCCUAUGUAGUACAUUAAUAUUUGCCAGGUGCUUUUUCUCAUAUACAAAACUUUAAAGAGAUCCAAGUGAGAGAGGCUUCUGCAUUGGAGGAACAUGUUAUUUGCCAACAUUCCACAGUUCCUUGUAGUCUAUAUGUGACAUAUUCUCAGAAUUUCUUGCAAACACAUGUGAUACUUUGGAAGUAUAAAGGCAGCUCAUCUCAGAAUCGCUGUGCUAAAGCUAAAUUAAAAUGACCUUUGUCACACGUUUCAAUAGUUCUUUCCAUUCGAACUUUGCAUAUAAGUGAACAAAAAAUGUUUAGAGCAUUAAGACUCUGAAAAGUAAGUUUAUUGACUAUUUGUAUUGAUAUUUUACAAUGAAUCCUCCAUAUUGGAACAACUCUCAGGCCCAUAUUCCAAAAACAUCUUAUCAUCCAUGGGCCUUAUUACUUCUUACAAGGAAAAUAUAGCAUAUAUAUCUCAACUUAAAACAAAGUAACUCUCUCCUCUCCAAUAUCCAUGGUAGACAUGGAAGUAGUUUUUAUAUUACAGAAAACCCAAGAGACAUAUUAGUAACAGAUAUAGUUUCAAUUUCUAGUUACCCUUAUUUAUAUAUUGAUAAGAGAAAGGAGCCCCAAUAUAACAAACCAUAUCUUCUAUUCAGUAAGUUGACUCCCUAAACACAAUACUUUCCCCCAGUUGAAAAAAAAAAACAAAUAUGGAAUCAGAAAACCUAUGGAUUAUGUUUGUUUUUGGUUUUAUUUUUCAUUUUUUUAUUGCCUUUAGUUUUUUAAUCCCACAGUCUUCCUCUUCCCCUCUUGGAAUCCUUUUAAUUAAAAAAAAAAAAGGUCAGCAAAACAAUCACCUCCUAUAGUAUAUACAUCAUUCCACAUUCAAAGUUCCCUACCUUUCUGCUUUAAGGAGGAAAAUGUAUUUCAUCACCUAUUUUCCAGAACAAAAAAUAGUCAUUGCAAUUAAUAGGAGUCCAAUGGCCUUUGGCGAUUGCUUUCAUUUACAUGAUUGAAAUCACUGUAUAUUUCUUCUCAUGGUUUUGCUUACUUUGCUAGAAUUCCUUCUAUUUGUUGUUUCUUAUGAUACAAUGAAAUUCCAUAACAUUUAUUAUACAAAAAUUUGUUCUUCCAUUUCCCAAUGAAUGGGUACCAUUUUGCUUCUAGUUUUUUUGCUAACAUAAAAAUGCUAUUACAAUU